CUCUGUGUGUUCUUUCUUACUUAUCAAUACACAUUAAUAAAUUGGAAGAAUAGAUUAAUAAUGUUGGACUGUGGGCCUGUGGUUGUGGCUGUGGUGCUAUUCGUGUUGUUAAUGCCUGGCUUGCUUUUUCAAGUACCUGGACGCUCAAGGUGCCUUGAGUUUGGCAACUUUCAGACCAGUGGUGCUUCCAUUCUAGUUCACUCCCUCCUCUACUUUGGCCUCAUUUGUCUUUUCUUGUUUGCCAUUAAGGUCCACUUUUACAUCGGCUAGCUCUCUUUAUGUUUGCUAAUUCGAUCACUUUUUCCUUUUUCUUAUUAUCAUCCAUUGCUAUCUUCAUGUUCUUAUUAUUACUAGGGUUGUCUUGGAAGAUCUUGUGGGAAAGAAAAAUAUGACUUGAGUCAAGUCUUUGUAUUUUCUUUCGUUUGUUGUUUAUUUUUCAUGUGCUUGUACUCACUUUAACAUGCAUAAUAUAUUGAGACGUGUAUCUUUUUGCUGA